UGAUCCUGCGAGCCUCUCAUCAGCUCACCGUGACUUCACGCAACACUUUACAUAGCGACACUCCGCUUCUCCACGCCGCGCCUGCCGCUUCUGCCCUGUACGCAACAGAUCUCGCAGCGUGGUGUUGGACUAGUCUUGAGCGGUCCGUCGGACAUUUGAACUUGUUGCUACGUGUUGUACUUUUUGUUUAAAUCGAAAUCUCGUUCAGCUACGUCCAAACAGGAGGCUGUCGGUUGUGUGAUAUUUACGCGAGAAAAGAGAUCCGCAGCACUCAACGCUUUCGGCUCGAAAGUUCAUGAAAAGGAGUGGCGCCGAUCCCCAAAAGAAGGCCUCAACUUCACCUGAACAAAGACAAGGCACCGACUGACAGACAUGGGACAUGGAGAGGCUUCAGCGCGAGGGACAACAGUCAUGACGGGGGACUGUCUAACAUGCGUCAAGUACCUCAUGUUGAUCUUCAAUACCUUCCUCGUUAUGGCAGGGUGUUUCCUCCUCGGUGUGGGAUUGUUGGUGUUGUUUGGCACAGCAGUGUUGAGUGAAAUGUUGAUGCAACACCCCGUUCUCUCAAAAACCGUCUUCGCCGUGCUGGGUAUUGGAUCCUUGCUCUUCCUUCUGGGCUUCGUGGGCUGCUGCGGAGCCCUCCGUGAAAAUAGGUGUCUGCUCUUCUUCUUCUUCAUGCUCAUCUUCAUCGUCUUCAUAGCAGAGCUGGCCGCUGGAGUUUGGGCCUACACACAGCGUCAAAAGUUCUUUGUUGAAGAUUUACAAAAAGAGAUGCGCGAAAAGUACCAGGGCUACGCCCCCGACGAUAAGUACACGACAAUAUGGAAUAAAUGGAUGGUUCAACAUGAGUGCUGUGGCAUAAAUGGUUUAGAAGAUUUUGAGGGCAGUCUGUUUCGUCGAAAAUACAAUCACACAGUUCCACCCGCCUGCUGCCUGCAGCGCAGCCCGACCGGGAAUUUGGAGCAUGCUGAUCGGGAUAAAUGCCUGAAUGGCUCGCAAGAUCAUAUCAACGUACAGGGUUGUUAUAAAGCAGGCUUCAAAACCUAUGAAGUUUACCUCUAUUUAGCGGGAGCGUUGUUCAUUCUGGUGCUGACCUUUGAGCUUCUCGCCAUGUCCGUGGCUAUGUGCCUCUUCAGGGGACUUCAAUCUCUGUAGUCUGUUUGGAAUAUUUGUUCUCCAAGGAAAAAUAGGGAAUAUGUGAAGAAAGAAGACAACCAAUACUUUGAAAUUGUUAUUGAACUCAUUUUCUAUUCGGAAUUGUUUGGUUGGAGUUUAAAAAAAAAUCAAUUCCUUCAAUUGUUGUACUUCUCAGCUGGACUUUGGAGGUACUGGGUAACACAGUAAUAGACGUACUGCCACUUAACAGAAUAGUGGGAUAUCAGAGACAAAGAUGAUGUAAAAAGAUUUUGUGUGGUCAGUGAAAAGUGUCUGUUGUGGACUAGGUCUUGCACAGACUGGGUGCAAAGUAGACCGGACAUGAGAAUCAGAUGAACCCAAAGCAGAAGGCACUGCACUGACUUUUGGAUAAAGAAUAUUUAUAUUAAGUAAAUUUGGCUUAGUUGUUACAGAUGUUUUGUUUUGUUUUGAUUUUUUUUAUGUACACUUUGGCUGUUACUCUUUCCCUUUAUUACUGUACAUAGUAACACAAUCCUUCCACAUGCCCUUUUCACAGCCAUAUUUCUAUCAUGCUGUAUGUAUUAUAUUGGAUAAACUCUGUGCGUGUGUGUGCGUGUGUGCUUGUGUGCGUGCGUGCGUGCGUGCGUGCGUAAAAUGGAUGCAUUUUUCAAACGUGUAUGAACUAUUUUGUGAGCAUGUGAUGUUAAAGUUAAAGACCCUCCCGGGUAUGAACGUCAAUGUGAUUUAAAUUUCUGUUUAUAUGGCUACUCUUUUAUUGUUAUGUGAUUUAAGUGUUGAAAUGUUUGUGUAUGCAUUUGAUCUUUAGUAAAUGGCAUUCGAAAUAGCCUGUUGUGUCUCCUUAUCUUGUUCUGAUGAUUUUAAUGUGAAUGAAUUCAUACUUGCCUUGCGUUUGGCUGAUGUGCAGUCGGUGUAGAUUCUGUAAUCCAAAAUCUGAUGGAUUCGAUUCCAGUCACACGUGAACCUAAUAAACAAGUGAUCCUCA